AAAAUACACACAUUUGUUUAAUUUUAUUUUUCAUUUCUUAUUGUUGUUUGUUAAAUGUAUUUAAAGUAUUUCGUACGGGCUGCGCGUUUUGUUUAAUCGUUACGUUAUUUGAUUGUUAAUAAAAAAUAUAUAAUAAUAAUAAAAAAUUUAUAUUUUAAUAAUUUUGUGUCACCUUUACUCUACUACUACAAAUAAAAGUUAUUAAGCUAAUAAACACCAUAUAAAUGCCAUACAAUUGAAAUUCUACUGUGUCUACAAAACUAAACGUAUAGAGAGUAUUAUCUACAAAACCAAGACCUUUGUUAAACUAAAGAAAAAGGCCUUGAUUUUUUUUAAACUUUCACGUUUCCUGUUUACAAAUAAUAUCAACACACACACACAAAAGCCAUAAAAAAUUGUGUCUCAAAACCACCGUCAUUUAAAGCCAAUAUUUACUCUAUAAAUAAACAGAUUUCAAUAUGCCGGGAGAGGCGGUUCAAGUAAUCUCCACAUCGGAGGAACACACAUUCAUAUUAAAUGAAGACAAUUUAAGUGAGGUGCUGAUGCGUGAAGAAGUCAAAGAUCGUUAUGUGUGUGUGGUAUCAGUAGCGGGAGCAUUUCGUAAAGGAAAAAGUUUUCUCUUAGAUUUUUUCCUGCGUUACAUGUAUUCAAAGUAUGUACGCCAUGAUGUUAGCGAUUGGUUGGGUGAUGAAGAUUCACCUUUGACUGGUUUUUCGUGGCGUGGCGGUUCGGAACGUGAUACAACUGGCAUACUUAUGUGGUCGGAUAUAUUUUUACAUGACUAUCCCAAUGGUGACAAAAUUGCCAUUAUUCUAUUGGACACACAGGGAGCCUUCGAUAGCCAAAGUACUGUACGUGAUUGUGCUACGGUUUUCGCUUUAAGCACCAUGUUGUCAUCCGUUCAAAUCUAUAAUUUGUCACAAAACAUCCAGGAGGAUGAUUUACAACAUUUACAAUUGUUCACAGAAUAUGGUCGUUUGGCUUUAGCCGACUCUGGCAAGAAACCUUUUCAACGUUUACAAUUUCUAGUGCGUGAUUGGAGUUUCCCCUAUGAAGCUGAAUACGGCGCCUUGGGUGGUGAUCAAAUACUGAAAAAGCGCCUGGAAAUAUCGGAUAAACAACAUCCCGAAUUGCAAUCACUUAGACGUCAUAUUUCCUCGUGCUUCCAAGAAGUUGCCUGUUUCCUUAUGCCCCAUCCCGGUCUAAAUGUCGCUACAAAUCCCAAAUUCGAUGGUCGUCUCAAAGAUAUCACACCGGAAUUUAAACAAAGCUUAAGAACUUUAGUGCCCAUGCUCUUGUCGCCCGAUAAUUUGGUAUACAAAGAAAUCAGUGGUCAACGCAUUAGGGCCAGAGAUCUGAUACAAUACUUCCAAUCGUAUAUGACAAUUUACAAGGGUGAUGAGUUGCCAGAACCUAAAAGUAUGUUGGUAGCCACGGCAGAAGCUAAUCAUUUGACUGCUGUAGCAAAUGCCAAAGAGUUGUACAAUCAAUUGAUGGAAGAUGUUUGCGGUGGCACUAGACCGUACUUAAGCACAGGACAUUUGGAAGCUGAACACUUAAGAGUUAAGGACAAAGCUGUAUUUCAGUUUCUGGCCAAACGUAAAAUGGGCGGUGAAGAGUUCACCGAAAAGUUCCGUCAACAAUUGGAUUCUGAUCUUGAGGAAAUCUUUGUUUCUUAUAAAGCGCACAAUGAAAGUAAAAAUAUAUUUAAAGCCGCACGUACCCCAGCUGUUUACUUCGCCCUCGCUGUUGUCUUUUACAUUCUAAGUGGCAUCUUUGGUCUGUUGGGCAUGUACACCUUUGCCAAUUUCAGUAAUUUAAUCAUGGGCAUUUCAUUGCUGACCUUAGCUUUGUGGGCGUAUAUUAGAUACAGCGGUGAAUUAAGUGAUUUUGGUGUUAAACUAGAUGACUUUGCGACGUUACUGUGGGAGAACUUUAUGAAACCGAUUUAUCAGGGCUGCAUGGAAAAAGGCAUACAACAUGUUGCCACACAUGCUGCUGAAGCGGCCGUUGGUGGCGGUAGUCGCACAUCACUAAAUGGCAAAUUGAAAAGUUCAUGAGAAUACGCCAAUAUGCAGAAAAAUCAAAAUGAUGCAAGUGGCUAUAAAAAGCCAAAGGCAACGAUAAAUGAUAAAGAGCCGUCAACAGCGUCAUCAGCGGCAAAACAACAACAACAGCAACAACAAAAAAUGGUAGUUAAUAAUAGUAAACAAACAACAACAACA